CGUUAAUUAUAUAACCAACGGAGAAAGGAAACCUUGGGCGUUUGAUUAGAAAAUGAGGCUGCUGUCCAGCCCAGCCCCUUGUUCCUCCUCUUUGAGGUUAAUGAUUGAAUAAUUCCUUUCACGUCCGUAUAGAGAACAAGGCUAACAAGAGUGAAUGCGCCCCAUAGCCUUUAGACAUUCUGCGCAUGUUAUCUCUUCGAUAAGAAAUGCAAAAAUCCCGACCGCUGGUUUCUGAAAAGUGACCGAAUUGGCAUCACCGCCAUAGGGCUAUUACAAGGUUAGCUAGGCUACAAAAGCUUUUUUUUGUCUCCGGUCCAUUGUGGAUUAACUAAAAGAUAUUCCCACAUAAUUAGUAUUUUGGAACACGAUAACUAUGGAAUUAACAACUACUCUUGGAAAGGUGAUUGAAUGUCGGGCUGCAGUGGCAUGGGCGGUCGGAGAACCGCUCACGAUUGAAACGGUACAAGUGGCUGUUCCACUGACAGGAGAGGUCCGCAUCAAGAUCGUCGCUUCCGGGGUUUGCCAUACUGACUUGUUUUUUCAAAGAGGGGGAGACGGACCGGAUGUAUUUCCGUGCAUCCUCGGUCACGAAGGAGCUGGCAUUGUGGAAAGCGUUGGACCUAACGUUACUUCCGUUGAACCAGGCGAUCACGUAAUCCCGGUUUAUACAGCUCAGUGUUACAAUUGUGAAUUUUGCAAGUCUAGCGAGACCAACAUUUGUAAUGUUAACGGCACAUUCCAACUUGCUGGAUUAAUGAAUGACGGUACGACUCGCUUUACAUGUCGUGGUCAUUGGUCAUUGAUAUUAAUCCAUCUAAAGAAAAUAUUGGCAAGAAAUUUGGAAUCACUGAUUUCAUCAACCCAGAUGACUACAAAAUACCUAUAGAGGAAGUAAUUAUGGAUAUGACAACAGGAGGAUUAGACUACGCUUUUGAGUGUUGUGGCAUCCCCAGUUGCAUGAAAGCAGCAAUGAAUGCCUGUAAAGAAGGUUUGAGUGUAUUAACUAUUGUGGGAGUAGCUGAUUUGACAGCAGAAGUCUCGUACAAUCCUAUACAACUAAUCUAUGGAAGAACCAUUAAAGGGACCUAUUUUGGAGGGUGGAAGAGCCGUGACCAAAUCCCAAAGUUAGUGGAUGAAUAUUUAGCCAAGGAAUUGAUGGUGGAUGAAUUUAUAAGCCACACCAUGCCAAUUGAAAACAUAAAUGAAGCUGUGGAACUAAUUGAAAAAGGAGAAUGUUUGAGAAGCAUGGUCACUUUCUGAAACAAUUGAACGUCGCAACACAGUAUUAAAAUCUAAUUUUCAUCUUAUUCCAUUGAUACGAAAUAUAAUUGCAUACCGUGGAGAA